AUGAAUCCUUGUCUUUUUCUAUUUUUCUCACUUCUCUUGCUACUCAUUGUGACUACAACUGCCAGCCAAUUGGUAGCCACCGGAAAAGGAGGAGGUGAUGCAAAUGCAAAUGGUGUUGUGAACAAGUGUUUGAAUAAGGAGAGACUUGCUCUCCUUCUUUUCAAGGCUCCCCUUCAAGACCCUGAUGGUAGUCUCUCUACAUGGACAGCCGACGAACGUGAUUGCUGUGAAUGGAGUGGGGUCACGUGCAACAACCAAACAGGUCGUGUCACGGAGCUUGAUUUGCAGUACUGUAAUCUCGGAGGUGAGAUUAGUAAUUCAUUGCUUAAUUUAAGCUACUUAAAUCAUCUUGAUCUUUCCCAAAAUUCUUUCCAUGGAAACUUGCCCACCAUCAUUGGUUCCAUGACCCGAUUAAGUUACCUUAACCUCGAAUUCAAUAAUCUUUAUGGAACCAUUCCUCCAGAGGUUGGUAACCUCACCAACUUGCAGUACCUUUUUCUUGAUUCUGUUGGAAGGUGUAGUGUUGAUAACUUGGAGUGGUUGUCUCAUCUCUCUCAUUUGCAGUCCCUGCGAAUGGAUGGGAUUUCCCUAGCCAAACAAAAUCACUGGGUAGAUGUAAUUCUGAGUCUUCGGAAACUCUCAUUUUUAAGUUUAGAUGGAUGUGAGUUAUCACGGGUCAUGUAUCCAUAUUAUUCAUUUCUCAACUCGUCUUCAUCAAUUGAUAACCUCUCUCUCCAAAACAACAAUCUGACCUCAUCCAUGUAUCUCUAG